GUGGGCCCAACAUGAGGAUGUAUUUUAGGAGACCUUGUCUCAGGAACCCUUCGUAGAAACAGAUUUUCUACAUCUCACUCGCUGCUGCUGCUUUUCUCCCAUUUUCGCUGCAGAAUCUUUUUUAAAAAAAAUGCAGCAGGGUGGAGGAUCGGAGACGGAGGUGACGUGGGAAGAUCAGCAGAAUAUCAACAAGUUCGGAAGAUUGAACAACAGAUUCCACGAGCUCGAAGAAGAGAUCAAGAUAGCCAAGGAAAAGAACGAGAAUUUGGAGGAUGCAGGCAAUGAACUAAUACUCUCGGAUGAGGAUGUGGUGAGAUUCCAAGUAGGGGAGGUUUUUGCUCAUGUGCCGAGGGAAGAAGUAGAGAGCAGGCUUGAGGACAUGAAAGAGGAGACUAGUAAGGCUUUGGAGAAGCUGGAGGAAGAGAAGGAAUCGGUGCUUGCACAGAUGGCCGAUCUAAAGAAGAUUUUAUAUGGAAAGUUCAAGGAUUCCAUCAAUUUGGAGGAGGAAUGAAUCGGGUAUUUAUUACUAAUGCUCUGCCAUGUUUUGUUUGCAAAACGAAUAUCUUGUCAAAUACAAUUUGGUUUUUAGGAAUGCAGUUCUGGAAUCUUUCUUGGUU